AUGUCGGAUAAACAAAAAAUAUUAAUAUGUGGAGAUGUUGAAGGACAAUUUGAUUUAUUAUUCAAAAGGAUUGAAAACAUUCAUAAAAAGUCAGGACCCUUUGACUUACUUCUUUGCGUAGGAAAUUUUUUUGGAAUAAAUAAUAAAGAAUUUACACCUUACAAGUUAGGAAGCAAAAUAGUGCCAAUUCCCACAUAUAUAUUAGGACCAAAUAAAGAAGAACAUAUUCCUUUAUAUCCAAAGGACGAUUCUGAAAUAGAAAUAUGCAAUAAUUUAUAUUAUCUAGGAAAACGGGGCAUUUAUACUGAUGCCAAAGGUGUUAAAAUAGCCUAUAUAAGUGGUUUGUCAGGCGAAAUAUCUAAUAAUAUUACAUACACUGCUAAAGAUGCCUCUGAUUUACAUGAUAUUUGUAUAAAGGGCAAUUCAACAUUUCGAGGAGUAGACAUUCUUGUAUGCUCCCAAUGGCCUAGUGGAAUUGUUGAGGAGAAUCAGAAAUUACCCCCAUUACAUUUUGGAAGCGAUUUACCCAGCUAUUUGUGUACAAAACUAAAACCGAGAUAUAUUGCAAGCGGUUUAGAAGGCAUAUAUUAUGAAAGAUCCCCGUUUAGAUGUCCAAUAAUAGGUGAUCAUGAUACAACUAUUGAAAGUGUAACAAGAUUUAUAGGUAUGGGUCGAGUAGGGAAUCCCAACAAAGAAAAAUGGAUAUAUGCCUUAAGUUUAACACCAAUGGACAAAAUGAAAAUAUCCGAGUUACUACAAAAAACUACUAACGAGACCCCAUGUCCUUUUAAUUAUUAUGAACUUAAUAAUAAAAUUUUUAAAAAUAAAAGAAAAAUGAGUAACCAGCAGCAAUAUUUUUAUGACGUUACUUCGGCAGAAGAAAAUCCGACUAAACAAAAUAGCAAAAAACAUAAAAUUCAAUUUGACCAAAGUAAAUGCUGGUUUUGCCUAGCCAGCCCUUCACUGGAAAAACAUUUAAUUAUUAACGUUGGAAAUUUGUCUUAUUUAGCAGCAGCCAAAGGUGGAAUAGUCGAUGAACAUUUUCUUAUUUGCCCAAUUGAACAUUAUCAGUCAAGUCUAGGUCAACCCGAUGAUGUAGUUCAGGAAAUAAACCAGUAUAAAAUAGCGUUAAAAAAGUUUUACUCAAGAAAAAAUACAGUACCAAUAUUUUUUGAACGGAAUUAUAAAACUUCUCAUAUGCAACUUCAAGCUGUGCCCAUUCCAAGCGAAGCAUUAAAAGAAUUAAAGGAAAUAUUUAUUGAAGAAUCAGCAGCCCAGGGAUUUAAACUUGAAGAAUUGGAUUCGUAUAAUCGUUUAGACCAAGUCAUUCCACCAAAAACGACAUACUUUAGCGUUGAAUUUCCCGAUGGCAGCAUACUAUAUACAAAACUUCAAGGUUUAUCAGGUUUUCCCCUUAACUUUGCAAGGGAGGUAUUAGCAUCUAGUCCUAUAUUAAACCUUCCAAAUAGAGUAGAAUGGAAGGAUUGUAUUUUAAAUAAGGAUCAAGAUGUUGAAUUAGUAAAAAGGAUAAGAAUGGAUUUUGAACCAUUUAAUUUCACAAUUUAA